GUAGUGUUUGUGCGACUUGCAGGUACGUCAAGAUGAAAUGCCACUGUGGGCUAAACCCUGUCUACGUGCCUUGCCACCAGUGGACAGUGGAGUCCAGGGACAAGCAGGAUGAACUGCAGAGCUGCAAGAACAGAUGCUGUAAACAGUUGGAAUGUGGGCAUCGGUGUCCUCUCAACUGCCAUCCAGGUGCCUGCGCCCCUCGAAGCCAUUGCCGCAAGAAGGUCACAUUGCGCUGUCCUUGCAAGUGCCGCAAAGUAGAGGGGCCCUGCUGUGAUCUCGGGAACAGUCUUGACUGCAGCGAUGAAUGCCGUUCUAGAGUACAGGAUGAUGAUUUGAAGGCAAGAGAGCCGAAGUUGGAGCCAGAAGAGAAGACAAAAGGCCACAGAUUGGGACAAAUUCACAUUCUGAUUGCACUCAGUGCUGUAGUACUGUUUGCUGCCAUGGCAUUAGCUUACUGGCUAAUGCAGUAGGGU